CUUUAAUCUAGAAAACAAAGUUUGAUCCGCAAAGCUUUCCUAACGACACUAUGCAAGGGAAACUAUUCUCGAAGCAAUUAUACUUAGGGAUCGUCUUUGAUUGCUAAAAGCAACGGAAACAUUAAUCUUUAAAGACGUCACCAUCAAAUUUACUUGUGAAAAGAUAGGUCCAGCUUUGAUUCCACGAAUAGUCUUUGCAGCAGUACCUCGUAGUCCUCCACCUAAAGCGCCUUCAGGGACCCCUUUGGGUCUAGCAUCAGCUGUGUUUGGAGCAUCAUAUGUAGGAAGAGCGAUGGGAGAACCAUCACAAGAGGGAACUGCUGAUCCUUUAAGUGAUCCUGAGAGCAGUCUGUAUGAUUAUCAGCAGAUGGCCGAACCAGGAUACUCCACUGUGGGAUUUAGAGCAGGAUCAAAUCAAAACAGAAUAAGCUACUCUGACAGGGAUAGAGCUCCAACUCCACCUUUUGUGAAGAACGCAGCUUCUGUUGGAGUUGUUUCUCAAUCAGGUGAGUUGUAUCACAUAUUGGAACCUGAAGAUGGACAAAUUAAUGAAGACCUUUAUUCAGUCCCACUGCGGAAAAAAGGCCCUGGAACAAAAAUGUCCAAAACUCGAGAGAGUGAUGAUGCUAUCUCUAUGGAUCGCACACGGAGAGAUGUACAAAAAGCCAUGCAAGCUGUUCAUGAUAUGCCAGUUGAGGAAACAAUUUUGAAACAGGUAGAGAACCAGCAGCAAUUAACUUCAUAUCCAUCAUCAAGCAGCGGUCGAGGAACUAUGAGAAGAGAAGAUUUUGAGAGUGGCAGCAUAGAUCAAAUAGACAAUGAAGUGCAAGAUGAGGUGGAUGCAGCAGCUGAUGAAAACUUCCUGUUAUAUGACCAGAAGCCUCAGGAUAGAGAAGAGGCUUAUGUGUACUUGAAACAAGAGCUUCAAUCACAAGGAAAUAGUCAAAGCAGAGACAUGCCAAGUGACAUAUCUAGCCUUGGUUUAGAGAUUGAGGUUCAUCGACUGAAAGAGGAAAAUGAGCAAUUGCAAGAAGAGGUCCUAAAUCUCAGAAAUGUUACAUCUGCUCUUAAAGUUGGAGAUAGGGAAGGUGCUGAGAUGCUUUUACGUGAUCGACAGAUAGAGGAACUAAAGGCCGAAAAUGAAGUAAUGAAGAAUGCAGUCCAUAGAAUUAAUGUGGAGCUCAGCCAGUACCAGGCCAAGUACAGGCCACUUUCAGAAGAAGAGCAAUCUAGAUUGCAAGGCUUACCUUCCACUGGUCCUGUUCCCUCUUGGCUGAUAAACCGGCGCUACCUGGCUCCCCUUUUCUUGGCAUAUGAUGAUUUGAUACAAGAAAAAGAGAAUUUCAUAUACCACUGUCAAGAGGAACUUCAGACACUGAAGAAACGCACAGCAGAGGUGAUAAAAGAAAAUGAACAGUUCCACCUGAAGGUAUCUGGGAAAGUGGACAACAACAGCCUGUUAAAAAGCAGCGAGUGGCAUCAGCUCCAAGACCAAGCCCGUCUUGUGCUGGAAGAGAACCAGAUUCUUAUUGAGCAACUCAACAUCCAAAAGAACAAAGUCAAGGACCUCUGCUCUAACCAUGCACGGCAAGUGGGUCAGCUGACCAAAAAGAUGAAUGACAAGGAAAUGGAGAAAGAAGAAUUAGAGCAAGAGUUGGAGAAGGUUAAGAAAAAACUGCAAGACAUCAAACACAAAUAUGAUCAGAUGUUACUGGAUACUGAGGGGCACAUGCCAGUCCACGAUCACAUCACUAUGGUAGCUGACCUUAAGAGGACUGUUUCAGAUGAAAAGGAAAAACAUGAAAAAGAAAAAGAAGUAUUUUCUCUUAAACUCAUGGCUUCAGAAGAAGAACGGAAACAUCAGACAUUAAAAGCAAUUGAAGUCAGUGCUGAAAACAGGCAAUUGAAGGCAGAGAUCAAGUCUCUGCACAAAGCUCUCAGAAAAGCCCAGAACAAGAUAAUGGUCUUACACAAGGCUGUUGAACAAUCUGAGAACAAGGAACUUAUUACACAAAAUGAACUUGCCAAUGUCAUUAGAAUUGUUGAACAAACAGCAUUAGAAAGAGACACAGCAUUCCAAGUGGUUAAGGAACAGCAGCAGGAUUGUAAAGAAACUGUUGAUCGCAUGGUCAGCAGUGGUGUGGUAAGAGGAAAGUUGGAAGAACGACUCAAGAUGUACAAGAUCAAAGCUUUCUCCAAACUUCAGAUGCUAGCUGACAAACUAAAAGAGCAAGAUGAAUCCUUUAAUAGACAAAGGCAAGAGUAUGAGCGAGAAAUCCGUUAUCUUCGUUUGGUUAUCAAAGAGAAGGAAGAUAUUAUCAACUCAAUUGAAGGAGCGAAAAGAGAGGUAGAGGAAGACCUGGAAACUAUGUGGCAGGCAGCCACUUCUGAGAAUCAACGGUUGAAGGAUACAUUACGCAAUUCCAUUUACAAACUCAAAGAACACUCUUCAUUAAAGGCAGCACUUGAAGAUGAGAAAGACCUGGAUGAUUUUGUCAACUUUUCUGAUCAUGAUGGUUAACCGACUUCUGUGAAAGAAAUAGGCUUUUCAUAUGAAUGCAGCAGUGCAUUGAUCAAUAGAGUUUCUGUGCUGUUGUUUACAACAGAGAAAUAUUUGUAUUAAACCACUAUUCUCUGUCUGCAAAGGGUAAAGGGAUUGCUUGUUCUGAAUCCUCUUUGGGAACUUUUACCGCUUCUUCAUGGUAGCUACUCGUUUUAAAACUUAAUAUUCUGAUGCUUCUUGCCAUGGGUGGUCUGUGAAAGGCAAGUAUUCUUUUGGACUGUAAAACAGCCAUAUUCAUUAUAUUAUACAGGAUCUGCUAUCAUUAUUUAAGCUGGACUGUGAUAUUAAAUGCCUAUUUUUGUACCAGUCAGACAGCAUGUACAAUAUACUGAAUUGUGUUAUAGCCCACCUUUCAGUUUUCUGCGUGCUUUCGUGUUAACUUUACCCUGUGGUAUUCUAGUUUGACUAUAAUUAUAAUUUCUACAUUUUUAUUCUUUUGUUUAUAUGCACUUAGUAAGUUGACAAUGUGCACAAGUAUCAUCACCAACAUUGAACUGAUGUAGAAGACGCUGGAGGUUGAAAUUUUUUAUUUGUGAAUGAAAUUCAUGUGACCUGCAGUUAUUCAAGGAAUAGGAAUUUGAAGAGAAAAAGAAAUUUAUUCCAAUAAUGGAACACAAGACAAAAAUAGGUUGACAGGUCUUGUGCAGCUGUUGUUUUAGUUUGCAGGUGGAAGAAGUUAUUUUAACAAACAUUGAACAAAGCAGCUUUUUGUGUACCUAAUCUACUGACUUGUUUUUUUUAUUCCAGCAUUUGAAAAAAUGUGAACCAUCAUAUAUUUGCUCCGUUUUCUGAAUUGCUUACAAAUGUAUGUGCAAUGAUAAAACUGUAACCUAUAGAACUGCA